GACGAAUGACGACUGUGAAUAGAAGAUACUGAUACGAACGAAACUUCGGCCCACAUUGGGUUUAUGGGCCCAAUAUAAUAUAUAUACGAUUCAUUUUCUUCUCGCAGUUUGUUUUCUCCUCUUGUUGCUGGGUUCUCUUCUCGCUAAAAACCCAGAUUGCAGCAGUUUUGUCAAGUGGCGGAUUACUGGAGUAGCAAGCAGAAUCUUUCAGAGUUUCUGGAUUCUCCGGUGUAGCCAGUUGAAGCUUAUCAGUAUACGCUAUGGGAAAUACUUCUGAUGACGACAAGAUCCUCAGCUAUGAAGAUGUUGUCCUCAGGAGAUCAGAUUUGGACAUCCUAAACGGACCCAUUUUUCUAAACGAUCGUGUUAUCGAGUUCUACCUUAGCUUCUUAUCCACGGUUCACAGUUCCACUACCAUCUCGCUAAUCCCUCCCUCCAUUGCUUUCUGGAUCUCAAACUGCCCGGACACCGAAUACCUCAAAGAUUUCAUGAAACCACUUAAUUUGCGCGACAAAGACCUCCUGAUACUCCCUGUAAACGACAAUUCAAAUGUCGAGGUAGCAGAAGGCGGAUUACAUUGGAGCUUACUCGUGUACUACAAAGAGGCCAACACGUUUGUCCAUCACGAUAGCUACAUGGGAGUGAAUAGAUGGAGCGCGAAACAGCUCUUCAAGGCGGUUUCUCCGUUUGUGUCUAAUGGAGAUGCAUCAUACAAGGAAUGCACUGAUACACCACAGCAAAAGAAUGGGUACGACUGCGGUGUUUUCCUUCUUGCUACCGCUCGGGUAAUAUGUGAAUGGUUCAGCUCUGGAGGAAUGAAGAACCGGGAUGAGCUGUGGUUUGCUAAUGUGAAGGAGACUGUACCAGAUCUGGUUAACCAUCUGAGAGAAGAGAUUUUGGCGCUGAUCAAGAAGUUGAUGUCUGAGAGUGUGAGUAAGUGAGAGAUGGUUAUUGAACGUGGUUAGAUAUUCCGGUUGGAUGAUUUUAACUGUUUUCCGGAACUUCAAACAGUUGAUAUUUUAACCGGUUGUUGAAAUCAACUGUUUUACUCUAUUUUAACUGGUAAAGUCAGAACAAGACUACUAUUUGAGCCCAUUGUUUUGGUGAGUCUAGGCCCAAUUUCGUUCAGUGUAAUAAAGUUAAUAUAUAGGCCCACGAACAAGUGACGCGCAUCUACGUCAUGA